AUGAAUCAGUGGAAAUUCGUUCGUAAUGCGGUUGGAUUGUUUGGUUCUGCAGUUCAUGAAGGAUAAACAAAAACAGGAACAGAAUUGGCUCCAAGAUCACUCAGAGAGGGUGGUCUCAUAUCAGCUUUGUAUAAUUUGGGAUGGGAAAUUAAUGAUAUGGGAGAUAUUCAAGGUAAGAAUUACAGACUUCACAAUGUCAAAAGUCAAUAGUUUCGUAACAGUCAAUAAUUAGGUGUUAUCAAUGGAGAAAUUAACAAAAGAUCCUUUGAUAUUGCCAAACAGAAUAAGUUUAUGCUUAAUAUUGGAGGAGAUCAUAGUGUAGCCAGUGGGUCAAUCCAUGGGUUGUUAUAACAUUAUGGAGAUGAAUUAAGAGUUGUUUGGGUUGAUGCUCAUGCAGAUUGCAAUUAUGAACUUGGACCAAAUAGAAACUAUCAUGGAAUGCCAUUGGCUCAUCUAUAUGGUUCCAUUCUAGAACCAAUUAAAGGUUUUGAGUGGUUAAAACACAGAUUGGAUCCAAAAAAUCUUAUUUACGUUGGUAUCAGAGAUAUAGAUCCAAUGGAACGAGAAUUUAUAAGAGAUUAGAAAAUAGUAUAUUAUGGAAUGGAUGAAAUCAUUGAAUUGGGAAUAGGAUAAGUGAUGAAUCGAAUUCUUAAGCAAUUUGAAGGCAAACCAAUACAUGUCAGUUUCGAUGUUGAUUCAAUAGAUCCUGAAUUUGCACAUGGAACUGGUACUCUUGUCGAUGGAGGAAUUUCGUAUAGAGAAGCUCAUUAUUUAUUAAGAAAAUUGGCAUCAUCAAAAUAAUUAGUAGGAAUGGAUUUGGUAGAAGUAAAUCCUCAACUAGAAAAGACACCAGAAUUUAGAGAAGAGUUUUUCGGAGAUUUUUAAUAAAUUGGUAGAAUAUAAGGAACAUAAACUGUGGCUCUAGGCAUUGAAUUAAUAGCUUCUGCAUUAGGCAGAACACUUGUCUUAUGAAUAUUGUAUAUAUAAAUUAAUAUAAGUUUAAAGAUUAAAUUUUAUUUA